AUGCCACUCGUAACGCAGAAGGGGGUAUACCCGUAUGAGUAUACUGAUAGUUGGGACAAGUUGAACGAUAAAGUAUUACCACGAAAGAGAGAUUUUUAUAGUACAUUGACCGAGUCGGGAAUUAAGGAGUCAGAAUUUGAACAUGCGAAGGAGGUCUGGGACCACUUUAGAUGUAACACGUUGGGUGAGUAUUCAGAUUUAUACCUGAAAAUCGAUGUGUUGCUGUUGGCGGAUAUUUUUGAAAACUUCCGUGAUCUAUGUAUGUCAACAUACAAUUUGGAUGCAGCACACUACUUCACCGCACCCGGGUUAAGUUUUGAUGCUAUGUUAAAGUUUACGAAGCAAAAGUUGGCGUUGCUGUCUGAUUACAACAUGUUAUUGAUGUUUGAGAAUGGUAUUCGUGGAGGAUUGGUGCAGGCGUGUAUGCGGUACGCGAAGGCGAACAAUAUGAAGACACCGGGUUAUGACAAGACUAAGGAGAAAUCGUGGAUUAUAUAUUAG